AUUUUAAAUUUUCAGUUUCGAAAGAGUUUGCGAAUUAGAAAGAUGAUCGCGACCAAAAUAGGAGUAGUUUUCGCGAUUCUAGCGGUUCUCUGCUGCAUUAAAUCUUCGGUGCAGUUGGAUCGGAAACGGAUGAUCGUUGCAGAUAUUCCGGGCGUAGGAAAAGUGAAAGGACGACGUAUCGAGACGGCAUGGAGUGGAAAGAAUAUAUUUCAAUUUUUCGAUAUAAAAUAUGCGGAAUCGCCGAGUGGUGAAAGGAGGUUCAAGGCUCCAGUGCCAGCCAAACCAUGGAACGACGUUCGAAGUGCAUUCACUCCAAGGAAAGGUUGUCCAUCUUUACAGGCUUUAGAAUUUGUGCGAAAGAACGAAGCAAAACGGGAUGUCGAAGAUUGUCUGUUUCUGACUAUCAGCACCAAAAACUUGACGCAAAGUAAACCAGUCAUGGUUUACUUGCACGGUGAAUUCCUCUACGAAGGGACAACCCUCGAAGCUUCACCAGAAUAUUUACUCGAAAAAAAUGUAGUGCUUGUGGCGGUUCGGUAUCGAUUGGCUCCAUUUGGUUUCCUCUCAACUAAAACUGAAGCUCUACCAGGAAAUGCAGCACUUAUGGAUGUGAUCCUUGCUUUGGAAUGGGUCCAGAAAUAUAUUAAAUAUUUUGGUGGUGAUCCAAACAGUGUAACUCUCUUCGGUCAAGUUGGCGGAGCAGCGAUGGCUAAUGUGCUAACGAUGAGUCCAAAGGUAUCACCAAAUCUUUUCCAUCGUGUAAUUUACCAAUCUGGAUCAGCAUUGACACCAGCAUUUACAACCGAACACCCUCUGAAGUACAGUAAGGAUAUUGGUAGGAUCGCUGGUUGUAAUUCAGAUGAUAUCGACAAGCUGAAUCGAUGCUUCAUGAGAAUGAACUCAACGACACUUCUGGAAGCAUUUGCCAUUCACGGAAAUUUGAAUUCAGCUAAAGGCAUCGGAAGUUAUGGUGGAUUGCAAUUUACAGUUGGAGGACCCAGUGGCAUUCUGCCUGAACAUCCUGGGAAACUUGUACAACAGAAGAAAAUAAGAUAUUUGCCUACCAUGGGUGGUGUUGUGAAGAAUGCUGGCACCUUCUUGCUUAAAGAAAUCUUCGAGGACAACUUCAAUGGUACUAUUCCAGAUGACAAAUUCAAUGCUGACAAAUAUAUAAGCCAUAUUAUUAAACAAACGAAUGGUGACGACCCCACGGGAGCAUGGAAGAAUUUCGCAGAGGCUGAUUUCUUCACCGAGAAAGAACUCAAGGACGGAACAUUCAAAUCCAUGAUCCCUGGAUUAAUUGAUAUGUGUGGUACGAUUGCUUUCAAAAAUCCAGUGCUCCUAGCCCUAAAAGCCAACGCUGAAAAACUGCCAAACAGUACAUACCUCUAUUCAUUCAACUAUGAAGGCGAAUACAAUCGUUACACCAGCGAGGAAGAUUUCGAUACUGAUCUACCAUUCCACUUGGGAGUUUCACUGACCGAUGAAAACAUAUAUCUUUUCCCAUGGCCACAACAUGUCGCGUACCUGAAUAACUACGAUACAAAAAUUGCCAAACGAAUGAUUUCAUUGUGGACUUCAUUUGCUACGAAAGGCGUCCCGCGAGCAACGAAAAUCAAAAAUUGGCCACCAAUGACUGGUGAAACUGGACCAUACCUACGUAUCGACAACUCAUCAACAAUCGAGGCUAAUUUCGUAAAGGAAUACUCAAUAACCGGACAGGAUUCGCAUAACGGAGAUUCACUUGUUGAUGAAGAAUAUUUCCAAAGUUUGACGCAGAAUGAAGAGGAGGAUGAUGAGUUGGAAGAUGAUGAUGAUAAACAGUAGGUUAAGGUGGCUUGUUGAGAGUAAAGCCAUGAUUUGAAAAUCUAAUAUCGAUCUAAUAAUAAAAAAGUAUUU